AGAAUUAGGGUUUUAAAAAUCAGAUCCUAAAGUGACGCGCCAAAUUUAGAAGCGAGAGAGAAAGAGAUUUAAUGGAAAAGGGAAUUGGGGAAGAAAAGGGUUUGGGUUGGCGCAGAGAUGCCCAUCGUCUAACUCGAAUAAAUGCACAUGAAUUCGACACCGGGAAGAAAUCCAGGUACAGUUUUUAUCAUCAUUCUGCCUUUUGAUUUCGAUUCCAAUUUCACAACUAGGUUUUGGUAUUGUAGAUGUCGAGUUGCAAUUUCUAAUCAAUUGGAAUUGCGGAACUUGAUUUUGGUGGAUUCAUACAUUUAAUUUUUUUUGUUUGUUUGAGUCCUAUUCUUGAUGUGCGGAAAAGGAAGGCGGUUCGAUUGAGCAAAGAUGUCGACUCCAAACGUCGCCAAAUUAACAAUGGAUGUGGGAUUGGAUAAUGAAACAUGAGCCGGUGGUUUCAAGAAAGAAAGUUGCUCGCGUCCUAUUUUCCGUCAACCUCUUCGCCGCGGCUACCUGUCCCCUCUUUUAGCUGUUUUUCUGUUCCCGCUUUUCAUAAAUUAUUUUCAGAUGGGUGUCACUGGAGCAGCCACUGCCACUGUUGUGUCUCAAUACAUAGGUAGCUUCUUGAUGAUUUGGUUUCUUAGCAAGAGAGUAAUAUUAUUACCUCCAAAAUUUGGAGAUCUGAAGUUUGGGGUCUAUUUAAAAUCUGGUGGAUUUCUGAUUGGAAGAACUGUGGCUGUUUUGAUAACUAUGACGAUUGGGACCUCGAUGGCUGCUCGUCAAGGUCCUCUAGCUAUGGCUGCUCAUCAAAUCUGUAUGCAAGUGUGGUUGGCUGUCUCUCUUUUAACUGAUGGAUUGGCCGCAUCUGGUCAGGUCUACACUCCGAGGAAUGCGCCUAUACUAGUGAGGAAAUUGAUGUGGUUCGUGAGCAACGGGCUAAGUGUUUUACCCGCAAGUAUUUACUAUUGGCUUGAGCGCGCUUGAUCGAGGUGGUUUAGUUGUUAUAGAACAAUCGUUUCCAUUAAAAUGUAUGCGUACAUUGAAAUUGGAACGUAUAUUUGAAUGUAGUACGUGCACUUUGGU